AUGCGGCGGGCGCUCGGAACGCUGGGCUGCUGCCUGGCGCUGCUCCUCCCGCUGCUGCCCGCGACGCGCGGCGUCCCGCACCGCCUGCGCCGGCAGCCGCCGGGCAACGGCCCCGGGAGGCGCGGAGCGGCAGAUGCUGCCUGCAAGAACCGUCCCCUCGACCUCGUCUUCAUCAUCGACAGCUCCCGCAGCGUCCGACCUGAAGAGUUUGAGAAAGUGAAAGUCUUUUUGUCAGAAAUGAUCGAUACUCUGGACGUUGGUGAAAGAACAACUCGUGUGGCAGUCAUGAAUUACGCCAGCACCGUCAAGGUAGAGUUUCCCCUCCGGACCUACUUUGAUAAAGCCUCCAUGAAGGAGGCCGUGUCUCGCAUUCAGCCCCUGUCUGCUGGCACCAUGACCGGCCUCGCCAUCCAAGCUGCCAUGGACGAAGUCUUCACUGAGGAAAUGGGUACCCGGCCAGCCAACUUCAACAUCCCCAAGGUGGUCAUCGUUGUGACGGACGGCCGGCCGCAAGACCAGGUUGAAAAUGUGGCAGCAAACGCCCGCACGGCUGGCAUUGAGAUCUACGCGGUGGGGGUGGGCCGUGCUGACAUGCAGUCCCUGCGGAUAAUGGCCAGCGAGCCGCUGGAUGAACACGUCUUUUAUGUGGAGACCUACGGUGUGAUCGAGAAGCUGACAGCCAAGUUCCGAGAGACCUUCUGUGCUGCAAAUACGUGUGCACUUGGGACCCACGACUGUGAGCAGCUCUGCGUGAGUAACGGCGGAUCCUACCUCUGUGAUUGCUAUGAAGGCUACACUCUGAAUCCGGAUAAGAGAACGUGCUCAGCUGUGGAUGUGUGUGCACCUGGGAGGCAUGAGUGUGAUCAGAUCUGUGUGAGUAACAACGGGUCCUAUGUCUGUGAAUGCUUUGAAGGCUACACCCUGAAUCCAGAUAAGAAGACUUGCUCAGCCAUGGAUAUGUGUGCACCUGGAAGGCAUGACUGUGCCCAAGUCUGUCGGAGAAACGGUGGAUCCUACAGCUGUGACUGCUUUGAGGGAUUCACUCUGAAUCCAGAUAAGAAGACUUGCUCAGCUGUUGACAUGUGUGCACCUGGAAGGCAUGACUGCGAGCAGGUCUGUGUGAGAGAUGAUCUGUUCUACACAUGCGACUGCUAUCAAGGCUACGUCCUGAACCCAGACAAGAAGACUUGCUCAAAAGCCACAACAAGCAGUCUUGUAACAAAUGAAGAGGCCUGUAAGUGUGAAGCCAUAGCUGCACUGCAGGAUUCAGUCACCUCACGCCUGGAAGCUCUGUCCACAAAACAUAUCCUUUUUCUUACGUGUUCAGCUCUUUACUGCUGUUUCAAAGGUAGCUGUUUUGGUGGAAGCUGGGGGUUACACACCUCACAAACAAAAGCAUUUUCUUGACUGUACAAAUGUUAGGGAGUGAAAUCAUGGGUGUUGCAAAUACUGUUCUGUUUUCACAUUUCCUUGAAGGGUUUUCCUAACAGGUUGCAGAUAAAAUGCACAAUCCCCAUCACCUGGACUAUAUUCAUUAUGUUGGACAUCAAAUGUUGUUCUAUUUGUAAUUCUUCAAGGUGACAUUGACAGCAAAUGCUCACAUUAGAGCUUUUCUAUUAGUAGCUUGUGUAUGUCCCAACAUUUCUAAGGGCCCUUCAGAGGCAGCAUGGCUGCAGUCUGACCAGCUGUGGCUUCCAAGCUGGCAUACAAGCUUUUUUAUAUAAAAAACAAACAAACAAACAAACAAACCUACUAACUUGUUAAUACUCAACUGCUGUGAGAUAUUAGGGAUCUGUUGGACAGAGUGGGAGGGCUGUGAGGCAGGCUGAGCACCCAGGCUGCAAGGUUUACUGGCUCCAUUCACUGCAGCAGCAGAGAAGAGAAAGGUGCCUGGCUCCCAGGUCAGACAUUUCACAGACACGUGGGAGGAAAAAUGAAAGUGGUGAAUUCUGUGGUGUGGUGGCAAACCUGAAUGCUGGAAUAAAUGUCCUCAGAUGGAAUGACAAGAACUACUGACGGGAAGUUGGACAAGCUGUAAUUCAGCAGAAGGCACAGUUUUUAAAAGUGAGAGUGGUUGAUGGCAGUGACAGUUUACCAAAGGUUGUGGUAUGUUUGCAGCACUGGAAACUUCUGAGACUGCAUGCUUGUUUUUCUGUGAAAGGUGCUCUUGUUCCAAUAGGAAUUAAUGCAGGGCAGGGCCAGGCCUGCGGUUGUCAUUGUGAUAACUAGGGAUUCAGAAUCAAUGAAGAGGGGGAUACGUUGGAUUAGUCAAAGCAGGAUGCUGUCAAGUUUUCUAUAUUGACAUUUGUACAGAUAAAUGAAGUCUGCUACCAAGGACGCCAGACUUUCCAGGCUCUUUAAUAAAUUCAAAGUUAUUUUUAUAGGUUUAAGUGUAAAUCCUUCUUUUAGGGUCUCUAGAACUGAGUUCAUCUGCUUUGGAAAGGUGAAGGGAAGAAUCUGAUUUUCCUUAGAUUAAAAUACGAGAGCUGCUCCAAAAGUAAUGCCUCCUAUUUUACGAUGUCGGCCUGUGACAUCUGAGGCAGAUGUUGUUGGGAUGACUGUAGAGUUUCAACCUUCUCAAUGUUGUGUUCUGUUGCCAUGUAACAGAUGGCUGCAGAGGGGCUAUCUGACAAAAUGACAUCUGACAUGGAAGUGCAUACGUAGCAAAGGUGUGCCAUUGAGUUCCUCCAUGUUCAAAAAAUGGCACCCAGUGACAUUCAUCAGCGCUUGCUGAAUCUUUCUGGGGACCAAGCAGUGGAUGUGGGCACAGUGAGGCAGUGGAUGGUGCAUUUCAGCAGUGGUGAAAGCGGCAGUGUGUUACUUGUGCUGGUGUGGAUUUUUAUGACCUUGGCAUAUGCAGACUUUUGUUCAUAACUGGCAAAAAUGGCUAGGGGAGGUGACUACACUGAAAAAUAGAGCUUUUAGCUGAGAGUGUGCUGUAUCAAAUGGUGUUACUGUGCUGUUUGUACCGGUUGUUGUUUUCAUGGAAAUAAAUAGGAGGCAUUAUUUUUGGAGUAACUUAGAUAUAUCAUUCCAGGAAUGUAAGCAGUUAAAACUGAGUGCUGAGAUAAUUAAGCCUAUACUGUAAUCUCAAUAGUAAUAGAGUAUUUAUCUCAAAAGCACUGAUAUGAAACAAGACGGUGGUGGUUUCAAGUUAGGAAUACACUUCAUUACAAAUAACCAAUGCUUUCUUUCAAAGUAAUUCUUUUCUGAGCAAUCUGUAUCCUUUGCACCCUCUCUGAACAAGCUGGAAAAAGCAGUGGAGAUUAUCAUCUGCUGCUCCUCAGAUCUGAAUGUCACUUGCUCCAACUCCUUAGUACAGGAAAUUUGCUAAGUUACUAGAUCUUAACAGGUCUCUAAAACAUCUUGAAAUCUCUAGUUCAAGCACUUAUUAAGCUCACUUAAAAAGCAACGUAUCUGUGUGAAAUGCAGUAAUGAGAAAGAUUAUAAAUAAACCAAACCUGGUAGCUAUUUAUUUUAUCACCCUUAACA